UAAUCAACAAGUCAUUACCGAGUAGGGUCCCAUAUAGUCAUUGGCCUAUUUCGCAAAUACUUGGACUAAUCCGUUCCUUCAUUGUUCAUUCCAUGAAGACAGAUCUCUGCUUCCGUAUUUGUUUGUGAGUGGUAAUGCACAUGAUAACUCGGGGGAUUAUGGGUGCGUCCUCUUCAUCUGAGCGACAUUGCACUGUGCACUACUCUGAGAGUGGCUGACUCCAAAUUCACAGGCUGGGUCCCCAGAAGGCCACACUUUCAGUCACAUGAAGCCUGUUCCGGUGCGGUUCAACUACACUUGGUGUCCAAAUUCAUAUGAAGCCUGUCCAAACUUGCCACGCUUUAAUACGGAAGUUGUACAAGGAAACGUCUUUCAAGGUAUCAAAGUGUCUUUUUAGAAUUUGGAAACCGCAUCUGCCGUCGAGUUGCGGCAGAAGUGACAUUAUGUGGCCGAAAAUUUGGCCUUCAGAGAACGCAUCCUGUCAAUUUGGACACGGGGCUUAUGUGUGUUCGGAGAGGCCCAAUGUGCUCCGCCGCCAUUAAUUUCCGAAUACAGUCUAUGGUCGAAACCAAUCACCUGCUUCCAGUUGUGCUACUUGACACUCUGACGCAGUCUGUACCCAGUUUGAGUGCCUGUUGCGCGCAAUGGCACUUGAUUUUUGGUACACUCUGAAUUUCCAAACUGCAAAUUGGAACAGCGCAUCGAUUUUCUGAACAAUCAGAGGUGAAUGCUCUGAGUGUAUUUCUGAAUGCGUGCUCAGACCUGUGUGGCGAACUCACAAAGGUUGGAGGCUGACAGUCGUUACCAUUUUAAAAUGAGGUAGGGUCAUUUAAUAAAAAAGUGAAGUAUUUGCAAUCCCCAUGUUCCGUUCGGCUGCCAGAGGGAGGCAAGGUGGGGGGAAGGGAAGCGAGGGACAGAUGGGAUUGACACAUGGUCCCGGUCAGCUUCCCGUUCUCACCCCCUCCCGCUCAGAUUCUGUCUAAUCUGCCCGGGUAGAAUCGGUUGAGAGAAUAGGGGGAGGGCUCUGGCCAUUCGCCUCCACCUCUCUCUCUUUUCUGGCAGCACCCAACAGAGCCUCAGAGCCAAAGCAUGCAGGAUGUGCGGGGGAAAAAAGGGGACUUCUUCCUCAGUGAGGCUGUCCUGAGGGAGCUGAUGUGAUCUGAAGUGGCACUCAUGCUGAGGUUUUCACUUGCGGAGAAUGCAGCCCAACGAGAGUUAUUGCUAAUCCAUCACAAGGAGAGCGCAGGCACAACCUGCUGCAGGACUCAACUGCACAUUUUCUUUCUUUCUUUCUUUAUUUUUGAUUAUGAUUUCAUAUCAAGAGCUUCGGCCUGUUGUAACGUCUGGCUUUUUUAAGGAUGUGACAGUGCGAACUUUGGAGACACUCUGAAGAAAAUCGGUUUCGGGGUGGAAAUUCAUGGCCAAAUGCAGAGUCGUAGUGGGUGACCAAAAACAGUUCGGUGGCACAAUGUCCGCCAACCAGGGCAUGAACCGUCGCAGUGUCUACAAUUACUUCCUCAACAUGGUGGCCUAUCAGAUCUGCUGCUGCUGUGGGCCUGCUCCCUGCUCUCUCUGCUGUGCCUUCUGUCCUCCAGUCAAGUCGUCCACCAGCACUCGGGUCAUGUACACCAUCUUCCACGUCAUGAGUUGCGCUGUUUCCUGCCUCAUGCUGUCGCGCACCGUCUCUGAACUCGUCAGGGAAAAUGUGCCUUUCUUCAACGUGGUAUGUGAUCAGGCACAUGGUGGGGGUCAUUGUGAGAUGCUUGUAGGCUACUCAGCAGUCUACAGAGUCUGCUUUGGCACGUCCUGUUUCUACCUAAUGAUGGCCAUCUUCCUUGUUGACGUCAAGUCUAGUCAGGACUACAGAGCACUCAUACACAAUGGUUUCUGGUUUCUGAAACUUAUUACCUUGCUUGGGAUGUGCGCUGCUGCCUUCUUCAUCCCAACGGAGUCAUUCCUCCACGCUUGGCAUUACGUUGGUGUGGUGGGAGGAUUUGCCUUCAUCCUCAUCCAACUUAUUCUCAUCACAGCUUUUGCACACACCUGGAACAAAAACUGGCUUACUGGAGCAGCGGAAAAUAAACGGUGGUAUUUGGCGGUGAUGUGCGCCACCCUUUUCUUUUACACUAUCGCCACGAUGGCCUUCACCUUCAUGUAUAAAUACUACACACACCCCAUCGCCUGCCAAUUCAACAAGGCCCUGCUAUGGAUCAACUUGGGACUCUGCUGCCUCAUGUCCUUCAUUGCUGUCACACCAUGCGUAAAACAGAAGCAACCCCGAUCGGGGCUCCUUCAGGCCUCCAUCAUAAGCUGUUAUGUCAUGUAUCUCACUUUUUCUGCAUUGUCUAGUCGCCCUCCUGAAAAAGUUGUGUACCAGGGCAUGAACAUGACAGUAUGUUACCCCAGCGUGGGGCAAGACGGGAUCCAGAAUGAGGGCAAUGCCGUGGCCGUCAUCGGAGCUGCAAUCAUGUACUGCUGUGUUCUGUUUGCAUGCAACGAAGCAUCCUACCUUGCAGAGGUAUUCGGGCCAUUCUGGAUGAUCAAAGUAUACCGUUAUGAGUUCCAGAAAGCCACCUGCUGUUUCUGCUGCCCCGAGGAGGAGGAAGUGGAGGAAGAGUUUGUGAUUGAUGAUGACACCAAGAGCUGCCAGAAGGUUAUUCAUAACGAGACGCAGAGAGUGGCCUACAGCUACUUUUUCUUUCAUUUUGUUUUCUUUUUGGCCUCGCUUUAUGUCAUGAUGACCCUCACCAACUGGUUCAGCUAUGAGUCGGCAGUGCUGGAGACCACCUUCACCCACGGGAGCUGGUCUACUUUCUGGGUGAAGAUGUCAUCGUGCUGGGCCUGUGUGAUCCUCUACCUCUGGCUGCUGCUGGCCCCCUUGUGCAGCUGCCAAAAUAAUUCCAGACCUCGCCGAUCCCACAUCAAACGACGAUCGCCGUCCUCCCGUCAUGUCACGGUCAGCGUCUGACUUACAGUCCGGAGGAUGGGAGGUCACGUGACUCCAUUUCUCUUCAGGGAUGCACCGUGGAGCUGUCACGGAUGGCGGUCGCUUGGUUCACUGAGUCAAAGUUUCACAUCGCUGUGAGACGGUCUAUUCAAUGGGCCCAUAUGACUUUGUGAUAUCACUUGAUAUCACAAAGUUAAUCAAGACUUGACUGUAUAAAUUGCCAAAGUGAACCGAAGAGCUGAACUGUCAAACUGUAUGUUGAUAAAAAAAUACAGUGACUAAGGUGCAUAAGUUUUAUCACUUAAAGAGAACUUCUACAUCAUUGUAGAGAACGCAACAGAAGAGUGGCCACUGUGAAAUUACCUGUCCUCUUUUAUCCUUUUUAAAAAGACAGUUUUAUUGCAUUUUUGCUUUGAUCCAGAAGUUAGCAUUGUAGGUCUGGUCCUGGCUGAUGUCGGGGAGAACAUGGUAUUACACUUUUCUUUUUCUUUUUUUUAAGAACUGGACAUAAUAUUUUGCAUACAAUAUUUUAUACACUUCACAUGUUCUCAAACACGAGCGUGUUUGAGAAUGACACAAUGGGCCCUAUUUUUGUACGCAGGGGCAUGUGCGUUCGGCAUGAAAAAUGGCGCAUGUCGAUUUUCGAGACGGCACAAGACCGGUUUACAGUGUUUGGCAAUUUGGGAGACAGCGUUGUACCUGACUGUGCAUUGUGGUGGACCGAAGGCAUUUGCCAAAAAGUAGAUGAGAAUUUAGACCAACGAAAAGUAGGUCUAAGUUGUGGUGCAGGUGCCGGAGUGUGAUUUGGGUGGAUUUGAUCGUAGUGUGGGAUCGUAUUUCAUUGAGAAAUAUGACCACAACAUGCAUUGAACUAUCUGAAUCCUUUCGAAAUCAAUGAAUUGAACAAAUUAUGACAAUUAUCAUAUUUAAAAUAUUUUUGAAAGCACCCCUCUGACUGCGGCACAACUAUGGGCCCUGGAGGGUUGACACAUAUGGACUUGCCAUUGGGGGUAGAAGUCAGUGCCCACUCCAGAGCGGUCACCUUUACAUCAACCACAAGUGGAGAUCUUGCAGUUCCUUUGAAAUGUACUUUGCACACACAGAUCUCCUGCAUCUACCAUUUUGAAUGUGCGCCUCUCUCUGCACUGAAUUUAAAGGGAAUGAGCUGAGACGCUUCAGUUGGAUGGCAAAUAAUGGGUGGGCUAAUCGCAUAUAAAAAAAAAUGUACAGUAUAUACCUGUGUAUAUAUACACCUGUAUAUACACUGUAUGCUAGUAACACUCAUGUUUCACUGAGUGAGUAUCUGCAUGUUCACAGUGUGUCGCAUUUAUAUUCAGAGUUAAGUGAUGACAGAGGGUAGUCAAGUCAUACGUUUUCUUUAGGAUUUGUAUCCAAACAUGGUGUUUAUAAUUGCGUUUGUAGAAUAUAAAUUAAGCAGCAACAUCCACCGUUUUUAGCCAUUUCAGGGGGCGGCCAUUUUGACACUUGAUGUCGACUGAAAAAGACAUCACAGUUGCUCAAGGGUCAGUUAUUGAGCAAUCGGGUAUUUUCUGAGUUUGGUCAUGUGACAUUUUGCAAGCCGACUUGUGAUUGGUUGUUACCUGACUUCGACAAUUUGUUUUGUAUUAUAAAUAGGAUACUCAACCUGAAUGCAUCGUUUCAAUUAUUACUAAAAGACAAGGCAGCUAAGAAGGAAGCAUGCGGGGAAAUAUGAAUAAAUAUGCAAUGAAGAAGACUGUUACUAGUGCAUGUAAAUUCUGUAUAGAUUGCUCUCAUUGCUCUCCUGGGAAUGACUCCUGAUCAGUUCACCCUUCCCGACUUCCCUGUGACUCAGAACAGGAUAACUGAAAUAAGAAAAUGGAUGGAUAUUCCUCAUACAGAUUCCAAUGUGUUUUUUGUUUACAUUCGAUUUGUGCAUUUGCUCCCCUGAUUACACACACGUAAGCCAGCAGUGCUUAAUGAAAAUAUGUCCAGAAAGGAUAGACGCUUUCUGCCUCUUGCCUUGAGAAAGAAGUUGUCUCUGAUUAUGACAAAAGCAAUGAAACUUUGUUGUUCCAUUUGUGACACUUUUGGAAGAAAUCUGCUCAGUUUCUGUGUGUUUGGGCAAUGCGGGACUGCAGUACUUCUGUAAGCUCAUAAAUGGUCAAGUUUGAAUGCAGCAGUAUGCUUUAUUUUCCUAUAGAUUUCUUAUGAGAGCAAAAUUGCUGUCAAUGAAAGGGAAGUGUAUUUCCGACCCUGAACGGAUAUUUCCUGGUGAGGUUUAUUGGUGUUACACACGUCACACUGCUACUGAAGGGAGCCCCGAUCUGCCUGUGAUGACUUGCUUACAGUUGAUGAACAGCAGUGGUUUGGUUUCAGUAUUCGUACGUAGUCCAGUAACAAGAAUCCACUGGUUUAAAUUUGAUGCUAUUUUUCUUCUCCUUCCUUUUUUUAAUACAAUGUUUUCUCUCAAAUCA